CAAAAGUCUCUCUUUAUUUCUUAAACUCCGUGCCCAGUCAAACUAAAACACUUAAAUUGAGAUGGAAGGAGUAUUUAAUCUACUUGACUCCAACUCUGAGUGUUUGGCACCAGUAACGAAAAGAGAAAAACGCACAAAAACUUAAGCUCAGUUAACCAAGAAAAAUGUAUGGAUGAACCAAGUUUCUUAAAUUUCUUACAAUCCUCAUCUUUAUGCAUCUCUCUGAAACUCCAUUCGCAGAACAGAACAAGCAGUGUGUCCCUUCUAGUUGUGGGCAUAUUCAUGACAUCAGUUACCCCUUUAGAUUGAAAAGUGAUCCGAAGCAUUGCGGCCAUGAAAAUUAUGAAUUGAGCUGUGAAGGGAAUCACACAAUAUUAGAUGGGGAUGAAUCGAAUUACCACAUAGUACAAGCCAUUAAUUAUGAUAACUCCACUAUUCACCUUGUAGAUCCUGAUAUAAGAGAAAAAGUUGUUUGUUCUCUUCCUAAGCCUUUACGUUCAGCAUACAGUUCACUCCUUAAUCGUUUUACAACUUGGAGGAGGAGGUAUCUGCCUAGCCCUAGUCAUGUACGUAGCGUUCCAAUUAGUUUAGUAGAAACAAUCACUGUUUUCAGCUGUCCAUUUCCCAUAAAUUCUCCAGACAUUGUGGAAAUUACUAGUUGUCUCAACAGGAGUUAUGCUUCUUCCGGCUUAUUUAGGGGACACAGAUAUGCAACCAUGGCCGAAUUAUCACCAUCUGAUUUGAAAGUCGGGUGUAGUGUAGACCUCAUGUCGAUGACUUCAUGGCAUAAUUACGAUGCAAAUGCUAAUAGCUCCAUUUUAAGUUUGCAUAAAGCUUUGGCAUAUGGGUUUGAGCUUUCGUGGUUUCAGAACGUUUACUGUGACAAGUGCCCCCGCCACACGGGUAGAAAUUCAUAUCAGUCCUGUGAAGGUGAAAAUUCAAGGAAUGUUCGCUGUGUGGAGAUCAGUUACGGCUGCGACUACUACAAUUUUAGAUUCUUCAAAACGCCCGACUGUUGUAAGAACAUUCCCUACGUCAUGCUAGAAUUUAAGACACUUUUAGCAAUUUUGCAAUGCAAGUCGUAAAGAUC